AUGGCUGUCACGGUCGAAGAGAGAUUCAGGCAGAUGCAAGCGACCCGCAUGCCUGCUUUUGCCUCGUCCUAUCCCGCCGCUUGGAGUGUCACAACUGCCGCAAAGCGUCGUGCGGCUUCUUCUGCUACCAUCACGACACUUGCAAAGCGUCGAAAAGACUCUACACCUCCCCGAAAGAGUCGCAGCACUUCCACUCCUUCUACGAGGGGCCGCAAGGCCUCCACUCCAUCCAGCGUUGCUACCCUGGCCCUUCCUGUCGAAAGAACCCUUGGUGCCCCAUACACCGUUGUCCCAACUCUUCCACGAACGUACCUUAACUUCUCGCACUUCUUUCGGACCAUGGGAUUCGAAAUACGGGAUAAGUCUCUCAGGGCGAUCGAGAACGCCGGUGUCUACGGAGAGGAACGUUGGCGUGCUCACCACUACGAUCCGCUGUACGCCACAGAAUCCUGCAAACUCGCUUUCCUGAUCCAAGUCGAAGCACUAUGCGGGCGUGAAGAGUCUGAGGGGCAAGAGCACGCGUGCUAUCGUUGCUACACCCUAAAGCCCAAAGGCGCUUUCGAAGACAAGCCGCACCACAUCAUCGUUUCCCCCCACGGGCGUCUCACUAAGCACGCCUAUACUGAUAAAGACCUGCCCGUGAUCAGACGGGGAGAAAGUCUCCUCCGCCGGUUCUGCAUAGAGUGCGGCGUCAGGGAUGGCAUUUAUCCCAGCACGGAGCUGGUCUUCUCGAUGACUGGGGACAAGUGGUGGGUGUGCGAGUGCCGGCACCUGCACUGGAUAUCGCCCCCCGAGUCGUACGUCGAGUGCAGGCGUUGCCUGGCGAAAAGUGGCUUCAGGCAGAUGGCCCUGGAGGAUGGAACCUCUGUCUCACCAGGUGGAUUUUCUCCGUAG